AUGGGGCAGCAUUCAUGUUGUAACCAACAGAAGGUUAAAAGAGGACUUUGGUCACCUGAGGAAGACGAAAAGCUCAUUCGGUUCAUCACAACUCAUGGCUAUGGCUGCUGGAGUGAAGUUCCUGAGAAAGCUGUUUCAGGGCUUCAAAGGUGCGGAAAAAGUUGUCGAUUGAGAUGGAUAAACUAUUUAAGACCCGAUAUUCGAAGAGGAAAGUUCACACCAGACGAAGAAAAAUUGAUCAUCAACCUUCACAGCGUUGUAGGAAACAAAUGGGCCCACAUAGCAAGCCAUUUGCCUGGACGAACGGAUAACGAGAUCAAAAACUAUUGGAAUUCAUGGAUUAAGAAAAAGAUCAACCGAAAACCGUCUUCAACAAGCAUGACGACAAGGCGUUUGAGUACAAGUUCUACAAGCAUGGAUCAACCACAUUCCGAUUAUGGGUACAACCCGACCCAUUUGAGUUUCCUGAAUCAGGACUUGGGCAUAAACAACAUCAAGCAACCAAUUCAAGAACAACCCGUGAUCUCUUCAUCUUCAAGCUCAUUAUUCAUGCUCGACACAAGUGGUUCGGUACUCGAAGGGCAAAAUGGGGAUUGCAUUACACAAACAGAGUUUUUCAACGAUUCCAUGUGGCAAAUACACAAGAACCAAAUCCCGGAAUUGUCCUCACAAGUCCUGAACUUCACAACGAAUAACAAUGGCAUGUAUUCAAGUUAUUUGCCACCAUUAAUGGAGAAUUUGGAGAGCAUGGUAGAGGGGCAAAAUUGUCAUUUGACGAAUGGGGAAGGAAGAGAGUGCUUAAUUCAGAAGCAACAUGAGUUUAAUGGAUGGGUUGUGGAUCAAACAAGCCAACAAUGUCCAAGCUAUUUAUUUUGGGAUGAUGAACAUCAAGAAGUACAACUUGGUGGUGAAGAAAUCGGUGUACCUUCUGCAUCGAACAUGGGACCCAUCUUAUCUUCUUACCCUACAUCAUUAUAGAGAUUGCCAUGGAAAGAGUUUGACUCUUCUUCUUUUUUCCCUUUCUUUUUCUGGUUUUCUUGGGCUUGGUGAGAUUAUGAAACGAGAGAAAUUACUCUCUUUUUUUUCUUUUUUCUUUUUUUUAUACUUUUGUAUGC